AUGAAGCUGAUUCUCUUCUUCACGGUCUCUCUCCUCGUGGGGUUAGCAUACUCCGCUCCAGUCUCUAGUGAAGAAGAUGAAACUGUGGUGGUCACCCCGGAGUUCUUCCCAGAUGAAAUUGCCGUACACACUUUUGACCACGAUCCCGUCAAAAUCCUGACUCCAUUGAAUGCAUUGAACUUUGAGGAUGAUGAAGAUGAUGAAAGCAGCGAUUCUGAUGCUACAACAACCUUUGUAGUAUUAGCUGACAAAGAUGACCAGGGAAAAAAGGUUUACAAAGGUCUCUACUUACUCACCAGUGGAGAAGCAACUAAAAUUCUAGAGAAUGGUAAAGACGCAGCUGCUGCCAACGAUGACACCAAACUGGUUUACUUUGCAGCCUCAGACGGCAUCUACGUUUACAAUGCUGAAAAGAAAUCAGCUGAUAAAUACGGUUCAGUAUCUGACGACUUAAUCGGCAUCGCUAAGGUCAACGGCAGUGAUGCUAUCUACGUUCUGUCAGCUGACCAUUUUGUAUACAAGGUUACAGAGAAUGGAAACAAAAAAGUGAAGGUUGACCCAAUUGUGGAUGCUCAGCAGAUCAUCUUGGAUUACCAGAACAACCUCUUUUACUAUACCAGCGACAAGUCUGUCUAUGUUUACGUGAACGGUGAAGUCAAGAAGAUCGGAGGUCUCCCAGAGCACGCAUCGUACGUUGAGAUCCUGAACCCAGCGUUCGUCUUUGAGAAUGGUGCGCCCGUCAUCGUCGACAACAAAUCUUACCUUAUUUAUGAGAACGGUACUAGUGAGGCUGGUGACUUCGAGUUCCAGGUCAAGCCUACCGCCUACUCCAUGGAGGCUACCCUCAUCCAAUACUACGCUUACAACAAGAAGGUCUAUGAAUACAAUGUUUUGGCUAUCAUCCUCGGCGAGGUGCUGGAAGAAUUGAAGAAGUUCUUGGAUGACAAGACUGAUGCCAUUCAAUCCAUUGCGACGAGGUCUAGGAGCGAUUUGCGCGCUUAA